ACCUUUAGAAACGAGUCCGAGGUAUGGGAUCGACUCUAUGGAUCACGGUUGAAGUCCAAGAUCCCCCCACCCAAAUGUCGCGUGGGCGAUCGGGUGCGUCUCAACAAGAAACAUCGUCCCUUCAAAAAAGGGUAUUUGCCGGGCUGGACGGAAGAAGUGUUUGUGGUCACGCAUGUGCGUCGUCAUCCUGUGGUCACCUAUCGACUCAGUGAAUGGGACGGCACACCUAUAAAAGGCACGUUUUACGAACCCGAUGUGCAAAAAGUCCAAGUGUCGGACGAUUCGUUAUUUCGAGUCGAAAAAGUCUUGAAACGAAAAGGACGUCAGGUCUUGGUCCGGUGGAAAGGGUGGCCGGCCAAGUACGAUAGUUGGAUUCCCGCGCAACAUGGUCCGCGUCAAAAUAACGCCUCGAAAAAGAAAAAAGCGGGUACGGUUUCUCGAUGAAGUCCUGGCGGAUUCCAGUCGACCGAGGGCCAGUUACACGCCACCCCCUACCACGGACGCCGACAUUAUGAACUUCAUCCAGAAAAAAGCCGCGGAACAACGGCAAACCCAACCGUGGUGGGAAAAGUUGGCCAGUCCCACCAAGCAGCAAUGGGCCUACGCCAAUGCCUACCAUCGAGCGGAGGAGUAUGCCAAGCAACGAGGGGCUCUACGGUCCCCACCCAAGAAAAAACAACAACGUCGACGCGCCGGUCGUCAUCCACCCAUGCGCAAGAAGAAACCCCCUAAACCAAAGACCUGCAUGACCCUGAUGGAACUGGCCCGGGCCUUUCCCAACAUUGCUCAGCAAGUGUGUUUUCAUCCCAAACAAUCGACCUUCAAUUCAGUGGUGGGACGCGUCCCUCGCAGUAAACAGAAAGUGGCGACUUGGCUAUAAAAGGACCCUGCACCCUGGGGGGCGUGCCUCUUCUUCAUCAUUAUGAGUGAGAUUAAACGCUUGACGCUCAUCAGCGAUCCGACCGACGAGUUUCCCAACAAUGCCAACAACAGUUUCAAGGUCCGUCUGCCCGAACGCCUGAGCUUACCGGGCGCAGGCUGGCAUGCCUCCCUAUUGUCCCUGACCGUGCCGGAUCAAGGCCAGAGCAAUGCCGUCAUUGCCACGGAUCCUCACACCAAAGUCGUCAAAAUAAGCCUCACGUUCUUGACACGCAAAUGGGUAACUGGGUCGUACAAACAGGUCGAAAUCAAGAAAAAGGAUUAUGGAGUGGAAUUGGAAGAGAUCAUGAGUGCCAAACAGUCUGUGACCACCGGCAGUGAGUUUUGGAAACGCGUGAUGCAGGCAGUGCAUAACAAGAUCAUGCAGGCAUUGAUCAACCAACAAAGUGCUGCCAUGAGCCAUCAUAGUGAUCAAUUUCCCGUAGUCAGUGUGAAAAAGAACUGGAUGCCUAUGAUGAGCUGGAAAGGCGAUGCCUUGGUGCUGCAUGCCGUGGGUAAAGAAGACUUGAUGAAUGCCAACAAGAGCAAAGUCACGAGCGCUUUCAUGAUGGACCUGGAGAUAGCGAAAAGGUUUGGCUUCGUUGAAAAACCCGCAGGGGUGGAUGAGGGGUAUGUGCUGGGGCCCAAUCUCCAAUUCACGUGCCCUACCGUGACCUACACGAGCCAAACCCCGCCAGACCACAGUUCCUACCCCUCUGUUCGCGCGGAUCUCAAUUGGAAUGGAGAGCAUUAUGCCGGGAUGCUACCCAAGGAUUUGACCGAUGACGACGAUAUAGAUCAAAUGUUUGAGGUGAAAGGAAAACGGCUUCUUUUGUCCAGGAUGGUAGAAUGGCAGUUCAACAACCUGGAUGCGUCGUUUGAAAAGAUGGUGGGAACCAGCAAACGCACCGUCAUGGUCUAUUCGGAUCUGGUCGAAUCCACCGUGGUGGGGAGUGGCAAGUAUCCCCUGUUACGGGAAGUGCAAUUGUUGAGAACGGGGGAAGGAGAAAGCACGGCCGAACCCUUGCACCAUCAAUGGAUCAAAGUGCGAGGAAAUCAAUUGGAUAUCUUAGAAGUGGAGAUUGCCAGUACCAGUGGACCCCUGGCCAUCUUACCCCCGGGCAAAACCCUGGUGACCAUUGGUCUCAAACAGCUAUAAAAAGCCAACCACACCCGUUCAAGGGCCAAAAAAACACUUGACUCAAGAUGCGCGGAGGCAGUUUAACGCGGUACCAUACGCCCGUGCUCACCCAGCAAGAGGGCAAAGGCUUGGCCGAAGACUUGAUCAAACUGGCGGGACCCCUGAUCGUGCAGCAAGCUCAAGCGGGACUGCAAGAUAUUCAACGAGGCAAGAGUGCCGCAGACACCUGGGCCGAUCGAAGUGCCCAACUCAGCCGCGGCUUGAAACGCAAAGCCCCUGCCAUGGCUUGGACGGCUGGCAAACACAAGGUCAAACGGACGGCCCAAAAUACCUAUAAAAGAGCCACGCAACGCGUACGGGAUAUCUUUGGACUGUGAAAAAAUGGUACGUGUAGGAGGCUUUCUCAAAUCGCAAAAUCGUAUUCGACGGCAACGCGCCCGUGGACGGUUCAUUUCGCCGUAUCAAGUGGGGGGCACGAUUUUUGGCAAGUCGACCAUGGCGCGCUAUCCCCUGAUGAAUACGACGCAUCGGAUCAACCCCGAACCCUGGAGGGUGAAGCAGGCCCUGCGCCGCAUGAAAGGGGGCACGAUUUUUGGCAAGUUCACCCGCAGGCGCAAUAAUCCUUUGGGGUUCCCCACGGCGACAGAUGGGAUCAACCCUGCACCCUGGAGGGUGAAGCAAGCCUUGCGCCGCAUGAAAGGGGGCACGAUCUUUGGACCGGGGGAUCUCCGAAAAGUGUUGUGGGCUAACCAAGCCAAAGCCAGGAAGCAACGUAGGCGAAAGGGUAUAAAAAGAGGACGCCGUUGAGCAACGUGGACAGAUCGCAUCAUGUCGCUCAGUCUGUUUGACGUGCCCGAUGUGGAUUAUCGGUACGAAGCCUCGCGGGAGGUGGAGUUUCAACCCGCCUUGACGGGCAUCCAACCCAUCACCUUCUCCAUUCCAGGCUCCGACGAUUAUUACGAUCUCAAUUCUCUCCGAUUCAAAGUCAAAGUACGCCUGACCGAUCCCGCCGCUGGGUAUACAGGAUUGCAUGCUGGUCUGCUCAUUUCCAAUGCCAACGAAAGCAGACACGUCUACUGCGUCAACAAUUUCGGUCACACCAUCUUUCGAGACAUUACCCUGAGCAUGAAUGGCGUCCUCAUGACUGAACAGAGCAACACCUACCAUUACAGAGCCUACCUAGAAACCCUCCUGAAUUACAACCGAGAAGAAGGAGCCACCAAGCUAGCCCCGCAAGGAUGGAUCAAUCAGCUCAAUGUGGCAGCAGAAAUAGGAGCCACAGCCGCCAAUUCCGAUGUCCCCGUCGCCGCGAAUUGGAGUGGCAAUGCAGACUUGCGAACCCUGACCAGCAAGUUGCUGAGUGAAAAUUGGCACACCUUCAUCGUUCGUCCCCAUUUGCCACCCCUCAAGACAGGCAAAUUGUUGGUCCCCAAUGUUCAGUUGGACUUUGAACUCUUCCUGAACCCCAAGACCAUCUACUUGAUGGGCAGCCCUAACAAAGGCACCUUGACCACCAAGAAAAUUCCAGCCAUCCAUAACAAUGACAUCAAAGUCACCUUGUUGAUGAAAAAAGUGACCUUGAAUGCCAGCGUCUAUGUCAGACUGCAGAAAGAAAGACAGCUGGGCAAACAGAUUGCCCGCUACCCUGUCGUACGAAGCGAAAUUCGCACGUUUUCCUUUGAUGGGCGCACCACCCAGUGGGAACAAGACAAUGUGUUUGUGGGUCGAUUUCCUGAUCGAGUGAUGGUGGGAUUAUUGCAUUCGGAUGCCUUCAAUGGAGACCUAGAAAGAUACCCCUUUGCCUUUCAAAAGUUUGGCGUCACCCAAGUACGACAGACCUUGAAUGGAGAAGAAUACCCUUACAGAACCCUGCAAUUGACUGGAGACCAAGCCUAUGAAGAUCUGCUGGGCUACGAUCGAUUUCUACAAGCCAUGGGUGCUUACAAUGAAGACAAGAUCCCCAUGCUACUGCCUGGUGAUUGGGGACAAGGCAAGAAUUGCACGUUGUUUAUGUUCAACAAUGUACCCAGUGGAAAAGCAGAUGACCCCCAGUAUCGCAACCCCCGUCAAUCGGGCAAUACGCGACUGGUGAUUGAUUUUGCCGCGGCCGUGGGUCAUAACAUCACCGUGUUGGUGUGGAGCGAGUAUGAAAACAUGUACGAGAUCAAUCAUCUGGGAGGUAUAAAAUACAACAUCAACGGAUGA